CCGCCAGACGUGAUGCCCAUGCUGGACCCUAGCCAACUCGUCAUCCGUGAGAUGCAGGAAGAUGAGGAGCAGAUGGUUCUGGAGCUGCUAAAGGUCUGGGGAGGGGCCAGUCAGUGCCUGUCUGUCCGGCCUUGGAGCUGUCUGUCUGUCCGUCCAAGCUCUAACCCUCUGCCUGCCUUUAGCACCUGCCCUAUGAGGAUCUCAAAGCUAGUUAAUGAUCUUGCAUGUCCCCCUGCCCCUAGUUUGAUGUAGCAGGUCAGUGUGAAUAUCAUUAUUCAUGGAGGAAACUGAGGCGCAGAGAGCUGAGGCAACCGACCCUUGAAGUCACACAGGGUCAGCGCAAGACCUGCCUUUGACCUGCCAUUUCCUGCUGUGAGCACUAGACCCUGCUGGUCUCCAAGGAUGGGUUCAAGGACAUGGAGAAUCGGCUGAUCCUGUAUGUCCUGACACGGCCCCUGGCGCUGCUGCUCCUGGCCGUGGUGAGCAGCGGCCUCCGCUUCCUGCUCAACUCCUUUGUAGCGGCGCUGCUGGGGCCUGUGCUCUUCACCAUCCUGGCCCUCAAGCUGCUGCUGCGGCGCUCGCCGGACCUUGGCUGCCUGGGCACGUACUACCGCUCGGGGCAGCGUGGGAUCUGGGUGGCGGUGUACGAUGGCGACGAUGUGUGCGGCUGCAUGGCGCUGCAGCCCUGCCCACAGGGGGUGACCCGUACAGCUGAGCUGAGGCGUUUGGCUGUCAGCCGCUGGUACCGGCGCUCCGGCGUGGGGCGCCGCCUGCUGGCCUUCCUGGAGGCCCAGGCCCAGGCACAGGGCUACGAGCGCGUGGUGCUCUACACUGCUGUGGUCACCAAAGCUGCCAUCAGCCUCUUUGAGAGCAGUGGCUACCGCCCCACUGGCGGGCGCAGCUGGCUGGGCUACACCAUCCUGCAGGAAUUCAGCAAGGAGCUCUAGCACCCCCUGCUCCCCUUCUGCGGGGUUGGGGGAGUGGCUUGUAGGGAGCAAUUCUGGCCAAGGGCUGGCGGGCCGCAUCCGUCCUCAUGCUCAGGAGUCCCUCUGCUCCAUGGACAUGAGAUUUGGGGUGCGGCAGCCCUGGCCUUCGCUCCCAGGACAGCAAUGCCACCUCUUCCUUGACUGGAAACAGCCUGUUUUGGAUGAGUCCCUUGCCGGAGCUUCAGCUGGACAAGACUGGCUGGACAUGAUUGUGACUGUUGCGGGUGGGGAGGAGGAGAUCACAGACCUGAUUGUGAUUGUGACUGUGACUGCGACUGCUGGCGGGGGUGGGGGGAUAGAUCACAGACGCGAUUGUGACUGUGGUGGGUGGGGAUCACAGACUCUGUGGUGACUGCUCUGGGGAAGGGGAUAUAGGGUGGGCAACCCUGACAUGGAACAGAGCAAAAGGGAACUUGAGCUUGGAGACUGGGGAAGUCCUGCCCCUGGGGUGGAGAUGAAGGCAUUGCCCCAGAGGUGGGGGGCGGAACCCCAGCAUUAGAGCAGGGCUGUUGAGAAGUGUCUCUCCUGUCCAAGAGUGGGCUCUCCCCAGCACCUGCUUGGCUGUGUGAUGGAGUCAUUUGGCCAUGGUUUGCCAGGAGAAUGGGGACUCUGGAGCUUUCAGUUGCCCCUGCGGUUUGGCAGCUCCUGUCCCGAGCUCACACUGUCCCACCUGGGGCCAUGGGACCCUGCUGCAAUUAUGCAGGCUACCAGCCGUCGCUGGGUACGUGUAUGUCCGAGCAUGUGUGUGAAUAAAUCUUGCCAUUGCA